UUCGCCACAUACCAUUGCCCGGUGUUCCUCGUAUUUUUUAAGAAAAAGGCAUCCCCAAAUUUCCACAAUGGCAAGUAAUGAAGACAAACCGGUGGCGAAAGAGGAUGAGAAUGCUGGAAGCUGGAAAGAUUCUAUCUUCAACCCAAGGACCGGAGAGUUUUGUGGGCGCACAGCGAAGAGCUGGGGCCUCAUUCUCCUGUUCUACCUGGUGUUCUAUGCGUUCCUGGCUGGGAUGUUCGUCCUCACCAUAUGGGUCAUGCUGCUGACACUGGACGACUAUGUGCCAAAGUACCGCGACCGGGUGCCACACCCAGGGUUGGUCAUCCGGCCCAAGCAAUUGGACAUGCUGUUUAACAGAUCCCAACCUCUCCAGUUUGCCCCGUAUGUCCAGACCUUAGAGUCUUUCCUGCAACAUUACAAUGACACGGAGCAGGAGAGGAAUGUGGCGUGCGCGGCGGGGGGCUACUUUGAGCAGGAGGGCGAGGUGGGCGAGCAGAGGAAGGCGUGUCAGUUCAAGAGGAGCGAUUUGAGCCUCUGCUCCGGCCUGUCCGACUCCACGUUCGGUUACACUGAGGGGAGACCCUGUGUCCUCCUCAAAAUGAAUAGGAUCAUUGGGCUGAAGCCGCGCGGCGAUCCCUAUGUCAACUGCACAGCAAAGAGGGACACCCCCAUACAGAUGCAGUACUUCCCUAGUGAGGGGCGCUUCGAUAAAAUGUAUUUCCCUUACUACGGCAAUAAGCUUCAUGAGAGGUAUGUGCAGCCCCUGGUUGCGGUUAAGCUGUUGCUGAACAAGGACGACUACAACACAGAGCUGACCAUCGAAUGCCGGAUCGAAGGGUCUGACUUGCGCAACAACGACGAUCGAGACAAGUUCCUGGGCCGUGUCACCUUCCGAAUCACAGUCAAAGAGUAGGGAGUAGCGAGGAGGAGGCUAGUGUGGAGAAAUGUG